GAAAAUUGUAUCGGUUUGUAAUGUUAGAAGAGCAGUUGCUCCUUGUUAUUGUAGUACGUAGCAGACUAGUUAAUUAUAUUUGUUAAAAUGCAAAUGGGUUUGGUGUGUUAGCCAUGUUUUUUUGCAACAUCAAACACAAACGUCAACAUUUUCUGCCCGUUACCUCUCCGAUAGAACUGUUGACAAAAUAAUCGGUUGUCUGCUACCUAGCAGGCUAACUGUUGUGUGCUGUAUCGACAUUGACAAGCUACUGACACUGAGACGUUCACUGGUUGUGCAUGCACAAAUUAUUUCUGCAGUUGAUCACGUGUGUGCUGAGGCGUCUGGGUCUCCGGUUCUAACUUGAACUUGAAUUAGGUAGCAAAAGGGUGGAAACGAAACGCACGGCCCGUGUUCUCUCGCGGCGGUUCCUUCGUAAUGGCCAGUUUCUGUCUCUUAAGGAGUUGCUAUGUUGUCCGUCAGGAUUCACACGGCCUAUCCGCAAUGCUGCGCAGGCGAUACAGCCUCAACAUUUCCGCGGAACUGCUGCGAACGGAGAGUUUUAUCGGCGGUAAAUGGGUGUCUACACCUUCAACUUUCCCUGUGCUGGACCCCGCAACGGGCAAGAAAAUAGCUAAUGUAUCUGACUGUGGUCCACAUGAAGCCCGAGACGCUGUCAGUGCAGCUUAUAAGGCCUUCUACUCCUGGAAAGAACAGACCGCUAAGGAAAGAAGCGUUCUUCUCCGGAAGUGGUUUGAUCUUCUAAUACAACAUAAGGAUGACCUUGCUAAGCUCAUUACAGCAGAGUGUGGGAAGCCCAUGAAAGAGUCCCUGGGGGAGAUCGCGUACUCCGCCUCCUUUCUGGAGUGGUUUUCUGAGGAGGCUCCCCGCGUCUAUGGAGACGUGGUGCCCACAAACACCAAGGACCGCAGGAUCAUCCUGCUCAAGCAGCCGGUCGGCGUGGCCUCCAUCAUCACUCCUUGGAAUUUCCCCAGCGCCAUGAUCACGCGGAAAGUGGCGGCGGCUCUGGCGGCCGGCUGUACGGUCGUGGUGAAGCCGGCUGAGGACACGCCCCUCUCUGCCCUGGCACUAGCUGAGCUGUCUGCUCAGGCUGGGAUCCCUGCAGGGGUGUUCAAUGUGGUCCCCUGCUCCCGAGAGAGCACCCCUGCUGUUGGUGAAAUCCUCUGUACGGACCCCAUGGUGGGAAAGGUCUCCUUCACCGGCUCUACAGCCACUGGCAAGAUUCUGCUGAAGCACGCUGCUGGGACCGUGAAGCGCGUUUCCAUGGAGCUGGGUGGACACGCCCCCUUCAUCGUCUUUGACAGUGCAGACAUCGACAAGGCUGUGGCUGGAGCCAUGGCUUCAAAGUUCAGGAACUCUGGUCAGACGUGCGUGUGUUCCAACCGCUUCCUGGUGCAGAGUGGGAUCCAUGACCAGUUUGUGGAGAAGCUGGGGAAGGCGAUGGAUACAGAACUGCACCUGGGACAUGGGUCCGACCCUACAACCACGCAGGGCCCCCUCAUAAACGUCCGGGCUGCCGAAAAGGUGGAGCAUCAGAUUACAGACGCAGUGUCCCAGGGUGCCACUGUGCUGAGGGGGGGGAAGCGUCUGGAGGGCUCUUUCAUGCAGCCCACCCUGCUGGCCAACGUCACCACCAACAUGCUCUGCACUAGGGAGGAGACCUUCGGACCCCUGCUUCCCGUCAUCAAGUUUAACACGGAGGAGGAAGCACUACUGAUGGCUAACGCAUCAAAUGUGGGCUUGGCAGGGUACUUUUACUCCAAGGACAUCGAUCAGAUCUGGCGGGUCGCGGAGCAGCUGGAGGUGGGCAUGGUGGGGGUGAACGAGGGGCUGAUCUCCACCUCAGUGGCCACUUUCGGGGGUGUCAAGCAGUCUGGCCUGGGCAGGGAAGGCUCUAAAUACGGCAUCGACGAGUACCUGGAAAUCAAAUACAUGUGCUUCGGAGGCCUUACCUCCUGAUCCCCCAAAAAAACUCACCCCCUAACCCAAAAGCUCCCUUCACAGCCCCCUUAGCCAAGACAAAGACAAUCUUCACAUUGAAAUUCAUCGCCCACUUCCAAUCUUAACCACAAGUUUGAAAUUAAGAUCUUGCAAAUGGUGUCAAUUCAAUAAUCUGUCAAAGCUAAAUGUGUUUGCUAAAUUGUUCUGAAACCUGCCAUCAGAUUUACACAUUAGAAGUCAUCAGUCGUAUCACUGCUGGUUCUAAGGACUGAGUGAAAAAAUAAUCAUUUUAGUCAGAUUGGAAAUACAGGCAAUUACAAAAUUGUACAAUUCAUUCUUAUGAAGUUAUAUUCUUGUUUUACCUGGCUGUGUUCAUGGUCUCACUUCAUUUUUUCCGUUUUGGUCUUCACAUUUUCAGUCAAGGAAGAAUAUAGACUCUUUGGACAAAUGUGGACUUUCUAUUGACUUAAAUCCAUAUUAUUUGCAUUUAGGCCAAUUAUGGGCAAGAGCAUAAAAACAACACUCCUGUGACCUACUCUUUAUAUUAGGAGAAAAUGUGGUACUGAGGGACAGCGAAGAGCAGUACUGAGCACAUUCUAUAUACCUGUACUGAACAGAGGGUAUUGUGAAUUCUGCAAACCGUGAAGGGCAACUAUAAUGGUUGUAUCAAGCACAUGUUGAAUUUAAUGUGAUUUUGAAACCAGUAAAAACGCACACACAAUUCUAACAAGGCUAAAAGAUGCACAUCAAAAUAUUCUUCAUAUGAUUAUGAACAAAAUUGUUUUUGUUUUAUUUUAAGGCAAAAAAUCAACUGAUUUUUGCGAAUCAGAGUGGUUCAGCUACUGAGAGCAGUGUUCUGGUUGGCUUAGAUUGGCCUGUCACCAGUAUAAGCAGUUGAAGCCUCACUUGCCCGUGGUAGAGCACAAAACUGUAAAUGCUCAAAUAUGUAUUCUACAAAGUCUUGUGAAAAUUGUUUAAUUGGGAUAUUUCAAUAUUUUCCUUUAUAUCAAUAAACAAAUGUGAUUUGUUGACCUAUGACCAGCCGAUCGGAUAGCCUACUGUUAAAUGUUAAAAUGGUACUUAAUUGUAGCUUAACUUAUUUUGUCAUGUCAUGAUUUGAGUAAUGUUGAAUCUAACUUGUUUCAGCCUGAUAUGUGAAGAAGUUGAUUCAUAGACCCGUAUAAUGAACAUCUAACCUGUCCAGACCGUAUUCUCAUCUGAAGUGUGUAUGACUGUGGUCUUGUGCUUCCAGAUCUUUCCUGUCUGUAAGUGCCAUUUUCAUUAUUUACAGAAUGUGUUAUUGCACAUAACCCAGGGUAUUUCUUACAGUUGUAAAUGUUAAUAGAGUAACGUAAAUAAAAAGAUUAUAAUUCUU